AUGAAUCAAAGACGUAGUUUUAACGGAAUUAAUGUUACUCUAAAUUUACCCGUAGAGCGUGGAGACUCGCGGUCUUCUUCGGAUUCGUCUACACGUGGCAGCAAGCAUCCGACUCCUCCCCAAGAGCAAAUAUUACAAAAAGGUCAUUUUAUAAAUCGUGGUAAAUUAGGAUCAGAACUUGAAAGUCCUUCAAGUCACACGGAUAAUUAUCCAUACGUGCAGCUUACAACCGUUCACGAAUAUAUUUAUCCCGGUGCUGAUGCGUCAAAAGUGUCACAGCACGAUUCGACAACAGGCAGCCUGAAAAAACGCAGCUUAGAAGCAUUGCCUCCGCCGACGGCGAAACAAGGGAAAAAGGAAAUGAGGAAAUUGGGACGGCAAAGGUGUCGAUAUUGUCAAGAGUUGUUUGUCGAGGAAGAAAACAAAAAGGGAGCUUGCGAAUAUGCUCCCGAUUGCAUACGGUCCGCAAUUGACGAAGUGUCUUGCGUACGAUGCGCCAGGUGCAUGCUUUAUCAUUGCAUGGCAGAUGCAGAGGGUGAUUUUGCACAGCAUCCCUGCGAGUGCACGAGCGACGAGGGUUGCAGCCGACGAUGGCUGGGACUGGCCAUAUUAUCAAUAUUGGUACCAUGCUUGUGGUUGUAUCCUCCGCUCCGUGCUUGCCAUUGGUGCGGUGUCCGCUGCGGGCUGUGUGGGGGGCGUCACAGGCCAGCCUCCUAG